AUGAAAUUUAGUCAAUCCUUAUUAUUUUUAUUAGCUUCCACCUUAGUUAAUGGUUGGUGUGACUUAUCUUCUGAUGGUAAUUACUAUUGUAGUGCCACUAAGAAAGUUACUUAUGAAGGUGUAGGUUAUUCAGGUAGUUAUCCUGAUGUUACUGCCAUGAAUGAUGAUGGAAGUUGUGAUACUACUCCAAAAUCUUUCUCCGGUAACUUAUCACCAUUAAAUGAAGAAUUAUCUUUACAUUUCAGAGGUCCUUUGAAAUUGAAACAAUUUGGGGUUUAUUAUCCAUCAUCUUCAUCAAAAGCCAAAAGAAACCAAAAGAGAGAAGAAGAUUGUGCUACUACUUUAGUUCAUAAACAUCAUUUACAUAAAAGAGCUACUAAAGUUGUUGAAGUUACUCAAACUGUAUUUGUUGAUGCUGAAGGUAACACUCAAACUGUUGCUACUUCAUCUACUUCAACUGCUGCUGCUGCAACUGGCGGUGCUGCUAGUGCUGGUAAAGAUACUACUUCUACUUCAGUAGCUACCACCACUUCUUCAACUUCAUCAGCUGCUGCUACUUCAUCAUCUUCUUCAUCUUCUGAUGAUGACGAUGAAGCUUCAGGUGACUGGACCAGAUCUUCAUACUAUACUCCAGGAACUGCCGAUAAUGUCGUUUUCUUCAACUAUAACGGUGGUUCAGGUUCAGGUGUUUGGAGUUCCGCUUUUGGUAACUCCAUUUCUUAUGCCAAUUCUGAUAUGACUGGUGGUGCUUCAUCUCCUCAAAUUAUGGAUGAUAUUACCAUUGGUUCAAACACUGAAUAUAUGAUCAUGUCAGGUGAUAAAUGUUCAGGUAACGAUUGUGGUUACUACAGACCAGGUAUUCCAGCUUACCACGGUUUCGAUGGUACUGAUAAAAUCUUUGUUUUUGAAUUCCAAAUGCCUGAAGCUUCUGGUUCAAAAACCGCUAUCAAUUAUGAUAUGCCAGCUAUUUGGGCUUUAAAUGCUAAAAUCCCAAGAACUUUACAAUAUGGUUCUGCUGACUGUACUUGUUGGCCAGAUUGUGGGGAAUUAGAUUUAUUCGAAAUCUUAUCCGCAGGUUCUGAUAAAUUAAUUUCUCACUUACAUUCCGGUCAAACUUCAAAGAGAGGUGGAGGUGGUUCUCAAGAUUAUUUCGAAAGACCAUACACUUCAACCAUUAAAGCUGCUGUUAUCUUUGAUGGUGAUGCUAUCUCAAUUGUUCAAGUUGAUGAUAGUACCAACUUUGGUUCUGGUUUAUCUCAAUCAACUGUUGAUGGAUGGAUCAGUGAAAGUGGUUCAAAAGCUUCUAUUGGUUAUUAG